AUGCGGCAGAUCGGCGGCGCCUGCGCCGAGGCGAUUCUUUCCUACCUCGCGGAGUGCCGCCGUGGGGGGGAUUUUUAUCGCUGGGAGGGCGAAAACGCGGCGAGGAAAACCCCCCAACCCGCGGAGGAGUGGCAACAACGCCGGAUGCUGCUGCUCUACGCCUACGUGAACGACUGCAGCAACAUCGAAGGGAAUCUCGAUACGAUCGAGAUGAAGUUCUACGCGUGCUGGGAGUACGACCUGGAUGAAAUGGCGGGGCGGAGUGGCGAUGGGGCCGCCGGGAUGCCCUUUUUGAAGGUGCAGGACGCCCUCUCCGAUUGUGCGUUUCACUUUCUGGAUGAGAUCACCGCGCAGGUGGAGCGGGUGGUGGGGGCGCAGUGGGCCCUCGCCUUUCGCGAGGGCGCGUGGUACGACGAGGCGCGGAAUCCCAUCCAGGUGAUCACCUGCACGAUCGCCGAUUACAUCCGCGAGGAAUUCCUCGGGAUGCUCCCGCCGCAGUGGAUUCGUCGGAUCACGCGGCAGAUGUUCGUUCGCUUCGUGGAGCGGUACCUCGCGGCGUGCAUGGAGCUCCUUGGGGAUGUCCUCCGCAAACCGAAGAAGAAGAUCGUCAAGGAUUGGCGCGCCUUUCGCACCUGCCUCGUGCGCGAUGCGGAGCUCGCGAUGGGGAUGUGGGAGCGAUGCAACGUCGAUCGGCAGCUCGUCGAGCUCGCCAGGAAGGCGCUCGAGCUGCUCAAAAAUCUUCUUUCGGUCAAGAAGCUCACCGAUUUCCGGUUUUUCCUGCAAGAGCAGCUGCUGGAUGACUUUGGGGAUUGCCCGACCUUCGUGAUUCGCUUCACCCUGCAAGCGCGCCCGGAUGAGAUCGACGCGGAGACGAUGAAGCGGAUGCUCGCCACCUGGAGGGAGCUCAUCGCGCACCAGAAGCGGGAUCCCAAGAUCGACCUCCCGACCGCCGGGUGGAGCCAAUCCACGAGCUUUUACGGCUCCAUCGACCGCAGCAUCGCGGAACUCGGGAAGGCGACAGGGCUUUUUGGCAAAAGCGCGAAGAAGAAGCGUCAGGAGCAGCGGAUGCUGAAGGAGGAGGCGGAAAAAAAGGCCUCUCGGGAGGCCUAUAAGGCGCAAAGUUCACCCAGCACGACGGAAUCGUCGAAGAGCAGGACACCGAAGCUGAACUUGAUGCGGGAUGCGAAGAUCGUGCAGGUGGCUGCGCUUUCGGAUAUUUUGAAAUAA